GCUCUCGCUGCUCUCGCUGCUCUCGCUGCUCUCGCUGCUCUCGCUGCUCUCACUGCUCUCGCUGCUCUCGCUGCUCUCUCACCUUCGCGUCGUCGGCCACUCAAGCGCAUCUACCAGACAUUUCAUCAUCUCUCUCGAUAGAUCAGCGCCUCAGGAAUUACUAGAUCCGCUUCAGGACCGUAAAAACGAUGCCUACAAAUGGAUUCUUCAUCACGCCAAAAGGUUCAGAUUAGCCGAUGGAAUCAUGGUAAAUAGCUUCAAGGACUUGGAAGCAGGGGCGAUAGGAGCCCUGAAAGAACAGGGUAAACUGGUUUACCCGAUUGGACCGCUCGUGAUCAAGGAUCCAAGUCCCAUAGAGGAUGAGGCGGGGUGUCUGAUGUGGCUUGAUGGUCAGCCACAUGGCUCCGUUUUAUUUGUGUCGAUCGGAAGCGGUUGGACCCAAUCUUAUGAACAGAUCAUUGAGUUGGCUCUGGGACUGGAGUUGAGUGCGCAGAGAUUUUUGUGGUUCGUGACCAGGUCCUUCAGCGAGAACAGUCAACGGGGCCCUUUCGAUUUUCUUCCGGAUGGCUUUUUGGAGCGGACAGAAGGGCGGGGCUUAGUGGUGUUGGGGACGCCGUCAUGGGCCACACAGGCCCGAAUCCUCAGCCACGGCUCCACCGGCGGUUUUUUCAUGGAUUGCGGCUGGAAUUCAACCCUGGAGAGCAUCGUGAACGGAGUGCCCCUAAUCGUUUGGCCGCUCUACGCCGAGCAGAAGAUGAACGCCCUGAUGUUAACGGAGGACAUAAAGGUUGCACUUAACCCAAAAGCCAACGAAAACGGGCUUGUACGCCGAGAUGAGAUAGCCAGCGCAGUGAAAGGUUUGAUGGAAGGUGAAGAAGGGCGGAGGGUUCGUUAUAGAAUGAAGGACAUGAAGGAGGCUGCCGCAAAAGUACUGAGCCAGGACGGCUCUUCCACCAAGGCGCUGGCUGAGGUUGUUCACAAGUGGCAAAAUUAUUUGAAUCUGCGCCUGUGAUUUUCCUGAAGUCAUGUUCUGCAUUGCUUUUGUCUUUCUUGGUAUAUGGUAAGGAAUAAAGUCCACGUUAAUAU